AUGCCUCCUGUCACCCACGCGAUAAUUCUGGCUGAUACCUAUUCGUCGUUCUUGGAUCCGAUCGUCCGUGACACCCCUGCCCUUCUACUGAAGAUAGGAGGGGUCUACCUGCUUGAUAUCUUAAUUCAUCGUCUCUGCACUAGCGGGAUCGACUCUAUUACUAUCGUUGCGUACAACUAUGCUUCAACCAUUCAGAGAUACGUGGACGAGGACUGUCACUGGUCCCCUAAACUCAGAAACGUGGCUACACACUCUAUUUUGAAAGACACUCUGUUUGAUGCCGCCCAGCCCCUGGUCCCUAACACAGUUUCCAUCAGAGUGCUGCAGUCCAGCGAUAGAAGCAUUUAUGCCUGUCUCAAGAAGGUUUUCGGAGAUUCGCCGGAUAUUAAGAAAUCAUAUGAAGGCCAGCUGGGGACCAUCUCCCAAUUCCUCCUCAUAGAUGGCCCGGCAUUCACUAAUCUUAACUUUGCCAAGGCCUUUGACUACCAUGUAGCCUUGACAAAUCUGCAUUCAGGUGACAAUACAGAUUACCUCCUGACAGCUAUCCUCUCCAUGCAUACAGAGACCUCCUCUCUGAGGCCGCUCAUUGCCCCCUCGAUAAUUAUCAGAGACCCGGAAACAUGUGAGCUAAAGAGCCUUAUUGUAGACGUGGCUAAUAGCUCUGCCCAGAUUGACCUGGAGCUCCCGUUUGAAGACAAGUGCCACAUGAAUAUUAGUUCAAAUCUUUAUCUCACAGGAUUUUAUAUUGUCAAUCUUAACUUCAUAAAGUUCUUCGUUACUAAUGAGACAUUUGAAGACACAGAAUCAAUGCAUACCUUCCUGUCAUCUGCACUGGAUAGCAAAAGCGACUACUCAAUUAAGAUGGGCACGUAUCUCCUAGAAAAAUGUGAAUCCGGUAUAACCAUAGACAGCCCGAGGCUCUACCAGGAGCUAAAUAAGGCAUAUAUUAAGGGGUACUUCAGACCUUACUCUCCUGAGACAAAUUGGAUCUACUACAAAGGGACUAAGACGCAGUUUAGAAGUGUCCUGGACUGGGUCUCCACGGGCGCAACGCAGCUGCAAUCGUGUGGCACACUGUACUGUGACGAAUCAACCUCUAUUCCCCCCAACACCAUAAUAGGUGGGGACUCGCUAGUGCACAGAAAUUGUACUUUGGAGGACGGUUUAACGAUUGACAAUUCCACGUUGUGUGAUAACGUCUUUAUUGGGGCCGGAAGCAAAAUCAUUGACACUCUGAUCAACUCACAGACGACAAUUGGGAAGAACUGCGUGCUUCGCCGUUGUUAUGUGGGGUCCAAUGUUCAUAUUGAAGAUGGAAUAUCCCUUCCGUGCGGCUCCAUGGUGGGUAACGGAGUUACACUUAAUUCAGAAAUCCUCUAUCAGGCCAUCAAGAUGACGUUCCAGGCAUACUUUCAUUGCAAUUUCCAGGCAUAUCUCUCCUUUAUCAUACGGUAUUUCCUUUACUUAGAUGAUCGGAUAGAGAAUGCCCUUGAAACUGCCGGGUUCACCUUGGGUUCUCCUCUUCCGUGCUUUCAUGCAACCAAGGCUACAGAAGCAGAUCAACCCGAGUCUGACAUGGACGAAGCUACUUGUGAAACAGUUGGAAAGCUCCUUUUGCCUGAUCAUAUAGAAAAGCUCAAGUUGUUACAAAGCCACCAGGAUACAAUCUGUCGAUUCUUUAAGAACGAAAUCUCAACUCUUCCUUCCACAAUCAUUGUACGCUUCAUCCCGCCCAUCUUUCUGACGGCCACCCGCCCGUCACUCAGUGUUUUAAGAGAGUAUCAGGCAAACUCAACAUCGCAAUAUAUGCCAGAAAGCAAUCUUCAAGGCAUUUCUCCGGAGUUCAAAACUAUAAAUAUUUGUAGGUCCAUUCCUCGACAAGGGUCCGUGCCUACUCUAGCUGCUGCCUCUGCAGAUCAGUCUUCACAUCUUCUGCCGCCAAAGCACGUCUCUGUCUACUCUCGUGCCUCCACUAAGAUGUCACUAGAGGAGGAGGAAAAGAAUACUUUCCUCGCCGACAUGAUCAGCGGGACUGUACCCAUAACAGAGUUAGCAUGGCCUGGUGUGACCCAGACCACCUUGAACCCGCUUCCAAAUACGAGUAAGUAUGACGAGUUCUUUCAAUCCUUGGUGAGCUGCGCAAGCAAUGAGAUGCUGCAAAGGCCAACAGAAGAUGAUGCUUCAUCUGUCUUACUUUUCAAUCAGACUGACUUGGAUGCCCAGAUUGACGUCGCAGAUUUCAAUAAUGUGGAAACUAGUGAGGAAAGCGAGCAGAGUGAAGUCUUUACCAAUAUUGGAAGCUCAGCUGAUGCACAUCACGAGAUCCCAGGUGGCCAAAAAAGUAAUAAAAUAUCGCCUAGAAACAUAUAUUCCGCUCCCAGACACUCUGAGACUAUCUCUUACAAUUCUUCGCAACACAGAGCAGACUAUUCCAUGUGUAGCAUACACGGGUCUGAGAGUGAGUCAUCAAGGCACGCCCAUGCUCCCACUGCAUCGAAGCUAUCUCUCUAUACACUGCCUUACUACAUUAUCCGAUCACUGAACGACACCGAGAAGAUCCGUGACCCGAGACAGUCAAUGCGCGCAAGCUUUGUUGGAGAUGUGCUGCUAGAAAAGCUUCCUGAUGGGUACCCUGGCUUGUUAACUACAUCCUUGAAGUAUCUAAUGUUCAGUGGCUUCGUAUUUAAGUCAUCUUUCUAUGCCUUCUUCGAUUGUCGUAAGAUGUCGUACAUGACUCUCAUGGGAAUGGACUCUCUUCCGGCCAGCAUGUGCCGCCCGCUGCCAUACAUUCGUCAUAUAGCAUCUCUCAAAGAUAUCCCUCCGCAUAAGCUGUCUGCAUUCGAUAUUGACAAGGACAUAUUAGACGCGUGCAAGCAAGAGAAGCAACUAACUGACAUAGUGGGAGACGAGGCGCGGAAGCAGCGCAGCUUGGCGCAGUUCAAAGAGACAGUGCGGGACCUACUAGUGGAUGCAUUUGCAGCGCUACUAAAUACAUCCAAGCCCGGUCACUCCAAAUCCAAGAGUUUCACAGGUACCUCAGAAGACAACAGCUUGAUAGAGGUAGAUGACGAGAGGAUGAAUCUUAGUGCCACAUUGUCCAGCAUCCAGAUGAGAGGCCUUAACAGGGCAGAUGGAGGGUGUGGGCAUGCUGACAUUUCAGGCACGAUUCUCAACAAGCUUGUGACCGAUUUCCGGACCGCCGUCAAAGCAGCAGAAGACUGUAAGCUUAACACAAAUCUCCAGGGAGCAGCUGCAAUAUUUGCGCACUUCAUCUAUCUCUACGUGUUCCUGGGUCCAGACCUGUUCAAGAGGCUAGACCCACGCGAGGACAACCACAUUCCUUCUAAAUACAUUAUCGAGCAAAAGCACAUUGUGAGCUUGCCGGAGAGCGAGUCAUGCUCUUCCAAACUGUAUAUGGAUCCCGAUCAAGGAUGUGAUGAUGUCCUAUCCAUUCCACCACUCAGGACUGCACUCGCCAACUUCUCGUGCAUUUGCAAGUUUUUCUUUAGCGAGGGAUUCAGUAACUCCAUAUUCUGGUCUGACUAUGACGAAGAUGAUGGGGAAGAAGAGUUUGUUUUGAAGCUCAUCGAGUUCAUAGUCCUGUUUUUCAACAAGACUAUAGUUCACGAGGAAAUAUCCACUAUCUUGGUGGAGCUCUUCACUGUAUUGCACGAAAGCGGGGGCAUCAGCAUACAAACGUUAAUGAAGUGCAAGGGUAUCCUCAGUACCUCUGACGAUGAGAUAGAUAUCGUUCUACACGACUGCGUAUUUGUCCAGUUGGAGAAGCUGCAUGAAGAUGAGCUCCCUGGAAGUGGACAGCGAGACUCUGAAGCAGAUGACCCAGCCGCCUUUGCGAAAAACGAGACGUCUGAGAGCUAUGAGUAUGAGUACUAUGAAGAGGAGGAGGAGCAGUACUAG